UGGAUCUUAGUCAAACAAGGAAUCAAUCCGUUUUUUGGUCCAAACAUUAGAACGGCACCGCCAUGGUCAUGGAGCGGCCCCGAUCAUCGCCGCUUCGCCGCCGCCCGACAUGCUUCUACUUGCCGCACUCGCGCCGCCCUCUUCCGUCCUUUCCCUCUCCUCCUCGUCCUUGCAAAACAUAAGCUUUCUUAGAAACCGUCUCUCCGUCGCCCAUCUUCGCUUCUCGUCGCUCAUCAUCCUUUCCAACCCUUCGCUUUCUUCCUCCUCCUCGCCCUUCUUCGCCGCCGCUCGCGAAUCCCCGCCCUCGAUUGUCGCAGCCUGCGAAUCCAGGCCACGUGACGCCGCCUUCCGCUUCUCGUCGCCUCUCUUUCAGAUCGCACCUUUCCUCCGCGACGAAUGGACGACCAUACUCAAGGGAUGGCUCUGCAGCUUCGUUGCUAUCUAUUGCCUCUCGCGCGCCGUGCCCCAGCUCGGACGCCUUUCCUCCAUUCUAUCCCAAGUCCACUCGCCGAGGGUACCCCAGGAGGGCGCCGUGCUGGUCGCGCUGGGCUGUUUAUCCUCCGCCGCCGCUUACCUGCAGCAAGCGUUCCUGUGGGAGGCUGCUUCCCGGUCCGUGUACAGGCUCAGAAUUCACGUCUUCGAUCGGAUCCUCCAGAGGGACCUAGAGUUCUUCGAAGGCAAUAAUGGACUUCUGGCGGGAGAUGUAGCAUAUCGGAUGACUGCGGAGGCAGCGGAUGUUUCUGAGGCUCUGUAUGCUAUCUUGAAUAUGACUGUGCCAAAUACUCUACAGUUUGUGGCUAUGGCUACUCAGAUGAUAUCUGUUAGCCCGAUGCUUUCGCUUUUAGCAGCAUUUGCCGUUCCAUGCAUCUUGUUUUUCAUUGCCUAUCUUGGUGAGACACUUCGAAAAAUCUCAAGGAAAGCAAGCAUGAGUUCUGCUAGACUCUCAGCCUACCUAAACGAGGUACUUCCUUCAAUGCUUGUUGUAAAGGCUAAUAUUGGAGAAUCGAAAGAAAGCUUCCGAUUUCAGACACUUGCUCUUGAUAAUCUGCUGCAACAACUGAAAAAAAAGAAAAUGAAAGCUCUCAUUCCUCAACUUGUGCAAGCCUUGUGCCUAGGAGGGCUACUGGUUCUCUGUGUUUGUUCAGUGGUUGUCUCCAGAAAUUCCUUUGACUGUUCAAACCUUUUCUCAUUCAUAACUGCAUUGAUGCUUCUCAUUGAGCCAAUUAAGGGUGCAGGAAAAGCAUACAAUGAGCUGAAGCAAGGGGAGCCAGCAAUAGAACGCUUGUUGGAUCCAACAAGGUUCAUCCCUAAGGUGACAGAGAAAUCAGAUGCUAUUGAUUUGGACUAUGUUACUGGGGACAUAAGGUUCUGUGGUGUUAAAUUUAGAUAUGGAGAUGACAUGCCAUAUGUUCUUGAUCAAGCGGAUCUCCACAUAAGACCAGGGGAGAGGGUUGCUCUUGUUGGGCCUUCUGGAGGAGGAAAGACAACUCUCAGCAAACUGCUUCUUCGGCUAUAUGACCCUCAAUGCGGGUCUAUUCUUGUGGACAAUCAUGACAUUCAAGACGUCAAACUAAAAAGUUUACGAAAGCACAUAGUUCUGGUGUCACAGGAAUCGAUGCUCUUUUCAGGAACUGUUACUGAAAAUAUUGGCUAUAGAGAUUUGACUGGACAAAUCAACCAGGCAGAUGUUGAAUACGCUGCUAGGAUUGCCAAUGCUGAUGAAUUCAUUACAAAAUUUGUAGAAGGCUAUGAAACUAAUAUUGGACAAAGGGGUUCUCUCCUUAGUGGAGGGCAAAAACAAAGUGAAAUAUAG